AUGCCUCUGAAUCAUCCAUACAAGAAGCUCCCAGUGCCUGGCGAUGCACCAUUCGAACUGAAGCCGUCGCCCGGGAAGGGAUGGGGAGCUUUUGCAAAGAGACGAAUCAGCAAAGGAGCCACGAUUUUGGCGGAAAAGCCGCUCCUUAUUAUCCAGAAGCCGGUCCAAGAGAUUACAGACCACGAUGUUGCGAUGGCCUUUCUCCAAUUGGCACCUAGAGAUAAGGAAAAGUUUCUACGCCUAGGCGACAAUGGUCCUGGGCCCUUCGAAAGCUGCUUGGCUGCCAUGGCUCAGAAUACUUUUGAGUUUCUCAUCCGAGGUAGCAAUCUUCCAGUCUACGGAUUGUUCGUCCUCUUGUCGCGCUUCAACCACUCUUGCGCACCCAAUUCCAAGGUCCCGCUUUUGGUUACAGAGCGCGGUCAAGAGACUCUUGCGAUUAUCGCGAAAAAGGACAUUAGCGUUGGCGAGGAGAUCACGUUCUCCUAUCUUCCGGGUUUCGAACUAAAGGCCCAGCAUGAGCGUCAUCGACUGCUGCAGUUUACAUGCAAAUGUGACGCCUGUCAUGCAGGCAUCGAACAAAAACAAGCCAGUGAUUUGCGCCGAACCCUCGUACGAGGACUACAAUACCUUUCACGAGGUAACGAUCCAGAUGAUCAAGCACAGGACUCUACUUUGCCAUUUUCCAUCGACCCCGAACUAAAAAAGGCAGCAGAGGAGUUGCGCAUCCCUCUCUCCUCUAGGUUCGUCUAUGAUCUUCUCAGUAUGGUUCUCUUGGAGGAGGAGGGUUUAAUGGACGAUUUAAUCGUCAAAAAAGUACAAACCGUAUCGGACUGGUUUGAAACGGAAAGUAAUGACAUGAUUGUCAAACUUGCCAUGGCUCAGACGACCUGGCGAGAGAAGUUCAACGUUGCCGCCAGGCUCUAUGGUCGAGAAGAUGCUGCCGACGAUGAUGUUGCCAAUGAGCUAAGAACGAUGCGGGACCUCAACUUGGGGCAAUGA